AGUUUGCACAAACACCCUAUUGCCAGCCAAGCUGGCUCCGUCACAUGACCCCUUCGAAACAUGAAACCCGACCGGGCGCUCGGGCAAGUUUUGCUUCUCGUCCAACACACGAGGAGUCGCCUGGCGGGCUGCGCGCAAAGGCGACGCUAAGGGGAUCUGCGAGGAGGAGAAGCAGCCGGGGGGGAAUCCAGCCUUUCUCUCUCGGGAACGAGCCAGGAAGCCCCCCUCAGUCCCUGCCGACUCGGAUGCCCGUUUGUCCGAGGCAGUCGCCUCGCCUGGCAGCAUGGACAAGUUCAAUAAAAUCACGGUGCCAGCGGGACAGAAGUUCAGGCAACUUCAAAAGAUAGUACAUGAUAUCAAGAAAAAUGACAGCGGAAUAAUGAGCAAGUUCAAAAAGUUCCAAAAUGAACAAAUGGCCAUAAUUUGCAAAACUGGAAAAAAUACAUGGGAUCGGCUAACAAAUAAACCACCACCAAGUGUGCCACCAGUAGAUUAUGGAGAGGAAGAGGAACAGUGGUCAGAUGAAUUUGAUAGUGAUUAUGAGAACCCUGAUGACCAUUCUGAUCCUGAGAUGUAUGUGGUUCCCACUGAAGAAAACCCUGAUGACAGCUAUGAGCCCCCUCCAAGCGAGCAGGAAAAGAAGAUUCCAGCAGCCUUCACAUGUGCUGGAGGAGACUAUGCAGACAACAAGCGACCUAGUCCACAGAAGCCUUGGCCUGUCACCAAACCACUGCCUACUUUGCCAAGCAACUCUUUAUCUAAACCAAAGAAAGUGGCCACUUUGCCCUUGCCACCUGCUGCUCUCAGGACAAUACGACCACCAAAGCCUAAGGAUGAUGAGGCAGAUUACGUUGUACCUCUAGAAAAUGACGAUGAAGAAGAUAAUUAUAUUCAACCCACAGAAGAGAGCACUCCGCAGCCUAAAAAACCCCCAGUGGUGAACAGAUUGAUCAAGCCCAUGCAAAAACUCGAUCCUCCCAGUUCGCCAGCAUUGCCUCCUGUUCCUCCAUCGCCUUCAACAUUAGAUGUCUAUGAAAUUCCCGAGGAAGAGGAAAAAACGCUGCCUCCAUUGCCCAGGAAUUCCAAGCAACUUCCUCCGAAACCUGGACAGAGACCUGAACUCAGAGGACACUCGCUUGAACACAAUGCAGCUAAAGAGUCCUUUAAACCUGACGUGCCCAGAAAUGUUUUGCCACUUCCUAGGAACCGGCCUCCACCAAAAAUUGAACCUGAUAGCCUCAGAAUACAAGAUGAAGACAAUCACAGCAGCAACAGUGCUCCAGAAUUCAAGGCUCCUUCUGCUACAGUCCCAUCUCCAUUUCCACGGAUUCCGAAAAAAUUACCAAAUCCAGCACCGCCAUCAAAACCAAGCCUCCCUGACAGAGACCACCUAAGUGUUAUUGAAGAUAAACCUAUACCAGCUGAACGCCGGCGAGUUUCCAAUCAUGAUAUCCCUCUUCCACCCAUCCCACCCAGUAUCCAAAAACCGCUGCCUCCGAAGCCAGCAACGCUGCCAAGACCCCCAGAACCUGUGAACCGCACCUCAUGUGCUCCACGUAGUAGUAGCCUGCAAGGUGGUUAUACUGCAGCAGAACAGGAUGCCAGCGUUCAUGGUAAAGCAUGGUUUAUGGCUUCAAGUGAUCGAAAAACAGCUGAAGAUGCAUUAUACAAAUCAAACACGGAUGGAUCUUUCCUAGUAAGGAAGAGUUCAGGACAAGACUCAAAGCAACCAUAUACACUUGUUGUGCUUUAUAACAACAGAGUAUAUAACAUCCCAAUCCGAUUUAUUGAAUCAACAAGACAGUAUGCUCUGGGCAGAGAAAAAAGUGGUGAAGAGCACUUCAACAGUGUGGCCGAAAUAAUAGAGAAUCAUCAACGGACUUCUCUCGUUCUCAUUGACAGUCAAAACAACACAAAAGACUCGACCAAACUGAAAUCUAUUGCUAGAGUAUCAUAACUGCACUGAAGAUCCACGGGGGGAAAUCUUCCAGCCCUUAUCUUCUGAAAAUUUAAGAUUGAGCGUCUUAAUAAGCAUGCAAAGCUUUCUCGAAAAGCUUUACACCAAGCACCAUAGCCUGAGAAGUCCACACAAUUUGUAAGAGGAGAAAGAGAGAUUUUAUUUGAUAUAGUUACCCAGUCUUUGAAUAACCUACUGGUUGGUUGAAUGAUGAAGUGGCAAUUUUACAGUCACACCAGCCUCUAAGUUGUUAUGUACUUGAAUGUACUUAGGUACUUUUAAGAUGUUCCAAGUUCAGGUAAAGUAUUCCUUGACAUGCGAUAUAUUCAGAAGAACUGUACCAGCUACAUCUUAACUGUUCUUAAAGCCACAUCUUGGGAAAAGGCACAUUUGUUAAACCAGGAUGUCUACGCCAAAAUGAGCCAUCAUGGAACAAGCUAAAAAUUGGACCUUUCCUCCCCCCCCCCCCGGGACAGGUCUAAAAAUUCAGUUCUAUUUAAUGUAAUGCAAUAGAUUUGUAUUGGCUUCAACUGUGCUAGUUGAGAGCAUUGUUACAUGUUUAUUAAAUGUACAUAUAAAUAAUAUAAAAAGCCUAUGAUAGAGCAUAGUUCUGUGCAAUUGUGACUGAGUGUAUUUUGUUGUAAUCUUUCACAUUUAAAAUACAACUUACCUGCCUCUCAAAUUCUAUUAAAAUGGGACAUAAUC